CACAAUUUCAAUCGAUCAAUAUGAUGUUUUACAACAAUCACCACCUGCUAAUAAUAAUGAUUCAUCUGAUCAAUUACUUUCUGCAUUUCAAUUAGCAACAAUGUGCAUUAAUGAAAUAUGGGUUGAAUCAUUUACUUUAGAAAAACAUGUUGGUGAAAUGUGGCGUAAAAUUCCUUAUCAUCUGCCAAAGGCAAUAGCUACUUUUAAAGUUGUUCGAUUAUUAUUUCAAAUAAUGGGUGAAAAAAUGCUAUUUUAUCUUAAUUCACAGGAAGGUAGUCGUUCCUAUCCUUCAAAAUUAAUUCUUGAUACGUUUUCGAAUAAAUUAAAUCAAGUAAUAAAUGAUUUUUUCGAACAACAUACUCGAACAAUUGAAGUCGAAAAUAAAAAAAUUGCAAUUAUUUUACUUACAUCAAAUGAUGUUGAAGUUGGGUACUCUUGGUGCCGAUGGAAGUUGGAAACAAUCGCAACUUUAUUUUCAACCAAUAAAAUUCAACACAUUGUUGAUACACGAUUGGGAAAAACAACAACAACAACAACAGAUUUCUCAUUAACAAAAACAAUUGAUGAACGACGAAUGGAUAAUGCAAUGACAAAAAUUUUAAUGACUCCAACCAUAUUUUUUACAAAUGGAUAUCUAUCAAUAAAUACUUCACGAGGUGGAAGUGGUUUGUUCAAGCAAAAAAAUGUUACUGAUCUCAAGCCUGACAUGGUUAUGGAAAAUUUAUUAGAAAAAGGCUUUCUGGUAAAAUGUAAUGUUAUUCAAGGAGCUCGGCCAUCAAAGAAUAACAAUUUAUCAUCAUCUUAUUACAAACAACAGCCAUCUUACUUUGAACAAUCAGAAUCACGAAUGAAAAAACUUCAGGUACUUUUUUGA